UGCUUUGGCAGGCGGAGGCGGAAGGAGAGAAGAAAGAUGCUGCAGUAGUUCCCGGAUUCCUUUUUUUUCUCCAACUAUGGCUGUCCUGGGGGACGGGGUCUACAACAGCUGCCUCCCUUUUGGUGAGGCCCACCAGAACCUGCUGGCUGUCAUCCUGAUCUUGUUGGGCUUUUUCGCUUUAGUGGACAAUGCCUUUAAAAUGGUCACUUGGUCUUGGAGGACCUUGGCUCCUUUCCUAAGGACAAUGUCUGAUUCUUGCUUCAAGAAAGGUGGCACAUGGCUCAACACAAUGAAGGCCAUUUCUAGCAGCAAGAGAUUUUGGGCAGAUUCAAGGCUGGUCAAAGGGCGGAAGAAAUUACCCGGCCUUCGCUUCCGGUGCAUCAUUGACCCUGUGAAGGUAACUGUGCAGAUGGGCGACUCCAACAAGGCAAAAGUCUGCUGGCCUCAGGACAGUAAGAAGAAAAAGACCUGCUACUACAGCGAGGGUUCAAGCCAUCAGGAUACGGAUGACAAGAAAGCCAGCUACUGGUGCAGAAACCAGCAAAAGCUCCAGGCCAGCCAGUGCAGUUCCCACGCCUCAGAUACCGAAACUCCUCAGCCAGCGUGCCCUGCUGGGUCCGUUGCCUCCUGGGUCCGUUUCAGCUUCAGCUCACCGGAGCGGACGACAGAGGUGGGUAGCAGCUCAGCCCGCUACGGGGCUCUGGCACGCAACCACCAAAGGGCCACGGGAGAUAAACAGCGUUGUUUGGAGGUGGCCAGCGAAGGCACUCAAGGGCAGCGGUUCCUCCAGCAUUCUGCUGUUUCCAACGCAGAGCAACCUGCUGCCCACCGUUCGGAUCACCCGCACUGCAACCACCAGUCCAGCGAGACGAACUUCAUCCCUAGCCCUAUUUUACCGGGCCCCAGGCAAGUGGUCUAUUCUGCUCUGGCUUUCGACACAGCCUCCAGGACGCAUCUCAACAGCGAGGAGCACCAUGCCUACCCACACUCGGCCAGAGGCCCCCAGAACCGCCUGGGGCUAGAGUGGCACCAGCAUCUGCCAGCUGCGCAGCAAGCAGAAGUGUACGUCUAUCUCGUCAGCCCGCCACCCCCCAGUCCGGAACACAACCCCGAGCAGCCUAACCAUCCCUUCUCAGUAGCCCAGACUGUCUCUGGCAAGGGCACACUAGCAAACAGGAACUCCUUUUGCCAGUGCAGAGGAAGUUCCAGUCAAGAGCCGGCAAGCCAGGGCAGCUGUGAUAUCCAUAAGCAACGUAAGAGCAUCUGGGAGAGAAAGCACCAACAAGCGUCCCUACAACCAAAUCUGUAUUUCAAGAAGCUGCCGGGAAGCAGUGGGGGGGUCAGCCUGAGCCAUCGGGGAGGGCUCGAGGUGGCACCCCCCACCAUAGCCAACUGAAGGUUCUUUCCAAUGAAGAUGGCCACCCCCUAAGCUUCUUACCCUGAGAAAGUGGGUGAACUCCACUGGAGGAGGGUGAAGAAAGGGCAUCCACUGUAAUUUCACUGAAAACCUCUGGGCAUGCAUGGGUCAAAUAAAAGCAAGGCAAAGCAGAAAUA